AUUUCAUGUGAAUAGCCUCAUUGGAAAUUUAUUUACUGAAAAAAAUGGCGCGUCCAAUACUUAUUCCCCCCACUGUAUAUAUUAAGGAUGUCACGAGAACCGAUACUUGGGUACAAAGACGCUACCAAUAUUCUUAAAACGUGACGGUACUUGGUUUCCUGCAGUAGCGUUAUGUACCAUUGGUAACGAAGGUACCAAUUUUGCAAUUCUUCCGGAACUGAUGGGGGCAGCAAAUACACCUAAGUGUUUGUCGGUCCUCAAGUGGUGAAGAAGAAGAAAGCCUACAAGCACACUACAGAAGAUGGCGACAAGUUUAGCUCCGCCCUGACUCCUUGAGAGGAAAGAUGGCCUUACUGAGUCUGUCAUUGCUGCUGCGUGCUCACGAGUAGGAUUGAGAGUUCUGCACUUAGACAGCGAUAAGUCUGAGGAUGAUGAGCUGUUGAAUUCUCCUGUGGUGGGCAGCUUGCCCAAAGCAGCUGAGGAGAUGAAUGGCUGCCAUAAAGAAGCCCAAGACUUAGGUUCUUCCAGUGCUUGUACACAAGGUGAUGGAGACCCACAUAAUCUAGAGGUGAAGAACCAAGACUCCUGCCUAUCCGAGGAAAGCAAAAAAACAGAUCAGCAGCCAAUAAGAAGCCCAGAGCAAGCAGUAGAGGUGAAAAAGAAAAUAACGUAUGCUAUGCUACUGAAGGAGGGUCGCAGAUUUAACAUUGAUCUUAUGUCUAAGCUGCUGUAUUCCCGUGGCUUACUGGUGGACCUUCUCAUCAAGUCCAACGUCAGCCGCUAUGCUGAGUUCAAGAACAUCAGUUGUAUCCUGACCUGUCAUAAUGGCAAAGUGGAGCAGGUCCCAUGUUCGCGUGCAGAUGUAUUUGGCAGUAAGCAGUUGACUGUGGUGGAGAAACGUAUGCUGAUGAAAUUCCUUACUUUCUGUCUGGACUUUGAGCAACACCAAGAGGAAUUCAAAGAUUUCACAGAGAUACCAUUUUUGGAGUUUCUCAAAUGUAAGAACUUGACAGAGAAUCUGCAGCAUUUCAUUUUGCACUCCAUUGCCAUGGUGAGCCAAGAUUCUCCAACCAUCAAUGGCCUGAAGGCUACGCAGCACUUCUUGCGUUGCCUAGGUCGCUAUGGCAAUACACCAUUCCUGUUCCCACUUUAUGGCCUAGGUGAAAUCCCACAGUGCUUUUGCAGAAUGUGUGCUGUUUUUGGGGGCAUUUAUUGUCUGCGCCAUUCUGUGCAGUGCCUGGUAGUGGACAAGGAGUCGGGCAAGUGUAAAGCUGUGAUUGACACCCAUGGUCAGCGUAUUAGUUGCAGCCAUUUUGUGGUGGAAGACAGCUACAUCCGAGACGACCAGAGAAUGCAAACAACAUACAAGAAGAUAUCCAGAGCAGUGGUCAUCACAGACCGGUCGAUUUUACCCUCCCAAUCUGAUCACCAGAUUUCGUUGGUGACCGUCCCUCCUCUUGAGCCUUCCUCUCCGGCAGUAAGGAUGGUGGAGCUCAGUUCAUUCUCCAUGACGUGCAUGCCUGGAACCUAUUUGGUCCAUCUCACCUGCUCAUCAUCAGGCUCAGCUCAUGAAGACCUGGCACCUGUUGUUUCCAGGCUCUUUCAUGUACCCAGCAGCUGCACAGAGGAAUCUAUACAAGGAUCUGAGGAGAAUGAGAAGCCUGUGGUAUUGUGGGCGAUGUACUUCAACAUGCGGGAUACAUCUGGCUUUGAGAACAGCAGCUACAAUCUCCCAAGCAACGUCCAUGUGUGCACAGGCCCUGAUGACAGCUUGGGCAGCGAUUACUCCAUUAACUUGGCUGAAUUAGUGUUUCAUCAGCUGCUACCUGACGAGGAGUUCUGUCCACCUGCUCCAAACCCUGAGGACAUCAUAUAUGAUGGCGAUCAGGGAGAAGGGGCCAUCUUUGAGGGUGACAGUCAAAAAGAAGAGGCAGUAAUUGAAGGAGAGGACGGGUCUCAGGCGCACAAGCAACAUGGUGCAACAUGUAGCUCAGAACCCGCAGAGAGUACAGACAGUAUUGGUCAUGAAAUUUUGACUGAAUAUGAUAUUCAAAGCCCACCUCUUGGGAAUAGUCCCUAAUGAAAUGACUGUUUGUUAAAUCUUUAUCUUACACAAGUGACUGUCUCUUCUCUCCUGGAAAUCUACAUUCUUGCGUAAUUUAGCACUGAGUAGUAUAAGUAAAAAAUAAUAAUUAUUUAUUUAUUUAUUUAUUUUUUACAAACCUGCUCAGAAAUGCUUAAAUACAAAGUUAGACUAUGCAGUAAUCUCAUAUUUCAAAAGAGAACUGUUCCAGCUUAUCCCACUGUUCUGGCCCUGGUCUCUGCUCUCCUCUGAAAAAAGAUGUAGGGGAGAAUAUACUAGUACUUUAAUAAUCUUUACUAGUACUCUUCCAUUACUGUCUGGACAAUUAAUGAAAAGUAAAUAAUGUAUUUCCACACACUGCACAUUUACCAUUGUUAUAUAGUUAUAUUAUGUAGAAGGCAUACAUCUCUAAUCAGAUAUGAAUAGGUCAAUACCUGGGCUUGUUGUGUGUGCCUGAAACCAUUGCUUUGGACUUGUGGUACUGACCAUAUCAAUGUGGGCAUACAAAUCUAAAAACAUUCAACUAAAAUGCUACCUACCUUCAAAUGAAAUGCUUGGUGAAUAAAUAAUGCUUGUUUGGUUCAUAACAUGUUUCAUAUUCUAGUAACACCUAAAAUGUCAUUGUAAAUUGCAUUAGACUUGUGUAUGUGAAUACAUGUAAACAAUCAAAGUGAAGACUACAGUCUGCUCAAAUGAAUGUCUAAAGGCAAAUAUUUUCUUCAGUAUGUGAUAGCACAGUUUCUAUCUGCUGAACUCCAGUGCAGAUUGUGAUACAAUAAUCUGUUUUCUACAAACUAAACAUUAGAAGAUCCCUUGGUAGUACUUUAUGUGAAGGAUACCUGCACUGUGCUUUUAUAACAGUAAGUAAUACAAAUUUGUAAGCAAUAUUGGAAGAUUUAUCUAAGGCCUACUCUGUGUCAAAAUGCUAGAGAUAGCAUAAAACAUUUUUUAUGAAGUACAGUAAUUUAUAGCUUUGUCUUUACAUAAACAAGAGAAAAGACGCUAAAAUGUUUUGAUAGUCAACUGUUUGCCACUGUUGUGGCUGCAGUUUUUAACCUUGUAAAUUUUUGUCUAACAACACAUUCGUGAAAUAUUAAGAAUCCCCCCAUUCAUCUUACAUUUUAGGAAAUGUACAGCAUUUACUGUAUUUACCUCUUAUAGGAGAUUGAUAUUGUUUUCAAUACCAUUAUAAAACACAUUUACAUAACUUACUUAAAGACCAUAUUUCACCUGAAUUAAUGAUUGUAAUGGCCUCAAAUUAAAGUGGGAAAGUUGUAUUCAUAACACUGUUAGGAAGCACAAUGUAUACCUUCUAUAACUAACAGGAAGCCUCGAGCAAUCAACCUAUAAUAAUAAUAAUAAUAAUAAUUGAGGGUUUUUUUCCCUUUUCUGUCAUGGGGAGAGAAAGUCACAUUUUUGCAAAAACCUUUAUUUUUUAAAUUUUGUUUUGUAUAAAUUCUGUGACAUUUAUAAAAGACAUGCUAUCUGCUAUAAAGACCCUAUGUAGGUACCUUUCAAAUAAAUCCAGCACUAUGCAUAAGAUCACACAGAUACAGGUCAAGAGCUUCACUUAAUAUUCACAUCAGAAUGAAGAAAAAGUGUGAUCCCUGUGACUUUAAUUAGGACGUUGUUGUUAGUACUAGAUGGGCCGGUUUGAAUAUUUCAGAAAUGCUGAUUUCCUCAGAAUUGAGCGACAAUUAUGUGGGUUAAAACUAGGACUGCAUGAUUAUGGCCAAAAUGAUAAUCACAGUUAUUUAUCACGAUUAUUCAUUGAUUUUAUGGACAACAUAUUUUCAUUGCACUUUCACAUUUAAAUAAACAGACCACUGUGUUCACCUCCA